CUAUAAAUCUGCCAAAUAUGAUACCGUUCGAAAUGGACAAACAAAAAAAAUUAACAAAGUAGAUGUGUAAUCGGAUGUAAAAAGAUAUUAGGAUAUCAUUCGUUUUCUUUAUAGAUGUCUAAAAUGAACAGAUGGAUUUAGCUUAUAAAAGUAUCUACUGGUGCCUCAUUUUUCCGUGGUAACCAUAUUUCCAAGAUGAUGUACCAUGUCUGCUAAAUUAACAGUGGAACAACUGAAAAGAAUAGAAGAAAACAAAAGAAAAGCCCUUGCUAAAAGAGCUGGGAAAUUGCAACAGACCACUAGUCAUGUGACCACAGGCUUUAAUAAAACACAAAAUGAGGCAAAGUCCUCAUUAACUUGUAGUUCCACACAUGAAUUCACAAAACAAGAUGAGAAAAAUAGGGGAAACAUCUACCAUGGAAAUAAUUCAUCUGUUCGUACAACAGAUUCUGUAUCAACAGGAUUUGUGUCUUCAAAAAAUUCACCUGGAAACUGUAUAUCAAAAACACAAGACAGACAGGUAGAAGAAACUAAUUUCAAAGCCACUGUAGUUGGAGUCAAAAAAGUUCAAUCAGUGUUAAAACCACCUGUUGGUUUAAUUAGUUCAAAUUGUGGUGAAGUCAGUGGCAGACGUGCCUCUGUUCCUUCAAGUAAUAUUAAUCAAGCACAUAAUUCAGAUCUUUCUGAGAAAAGUGCAAAACGUGAAACAUCAGGCGAUGUUACUUUAUCAACAAAGACUUAUACAGAGCCUACAGGGACAAGCAUUGAUUUUGCAAGAUUGCAAGGCAAUAGUGUUUCAAAUGAUAAACAAUCAGCAAGUGGUGUCUCAAACACACAAAUAGAUUAUGACAAAAUUGAGCAAAACAGAUUAAAAGCUUUGGCCAAAAGAGCUGAAAAAUUGAACAAAAGUCCUGGAAAAACAAUACUGGCAUCCUCAAAUUGUGUCAACAAUGCUAGUAAGGGAAUUCAACAACCUUCAUCGUCUAACAAUGUAACUACACUGUCAAACAAUGUCAAUUCAAAUAUUUCAAGUUCUUCAACAAAUUUGAGAAGCGAACUAAGCACUCUUCAAAGUGGUACCAGUAAUGAAUCAAGCAGUUCUGGUCAGAACAUAUUCUCAAAAUUUUCUGGUACCCCUGUUAAAGGGGGAUGUUUCCUGGUAUCUAGGGACAGGUUUGAGGUGAAAGUCGGUUACAGUGCACCACUCAUAGAAUUGUUCAAAACCAUGAAAACAAAAAUUUAUGAUGCUGUUACAAAGAAGUGGUCAUUCAAGUUGUCAGAAUACAAUAGUUUCAUAAAUGCUGUCAGGAAUCUGAAACCUGCUGUGGACAUAGAACCAUUCCCUAAAGCCAUCCUUGCCACUUUUAGUGCUCAAAUAAGGGGAGAUGAUUGCCCUAAAGUGACAUCAAUUGCUGAUUUAUCAAGGGUAGAACAGAGUUUAGUCAACUCGCUAAUGUCAUUCCAGAGAGAAGGUGUAAAUUUUGGGAUACACAAGAAUGGUAGAGUGUUAAUAGCAGAUGACAUGGGACUUGGGAAAACGAUACAGGCUAUCUGUCUAUCUUGUUACUACAGAGCUGAAUGGCCGUUACUUGUUGUGGUACCUUCUUCUGUCAGAUUUGAUUGGGCACAGAACUUUCAGCGAUGGGUUCCCUCCCUUGAUCCACAGAGUAUAAAUGUUGUGGUAACAGGCAAGGACAGCUGUACUUCUGGUCUAAUUAACAUUCUUAGUUAUGAUCUGAUGGCACGAAAAGCAGACGUCCUGAAAAACAAAAGAUUUCAAAUUGUCAUCAUGGAUGAGUCACAUUUAUUGAAGAAUUAUAAGACUGCAAGAUGUAAAGCUGCCCUUCCUCUGUUACAGAACGCCCGGCGUGUACUGUUGUUGAGUGGCACACCAGCUUUAUCCCGGCCUUCUGAACUGUUCACUCAGAUUGAUGCAGUGUGUCCAUAUCUCUUCAAGUUCCAUGAUUUCGGUGUGAGAUAUUGUGCGGGAACAAAGUUACCAUGGGGAUGGGAUUACUCAGGAUCUUCAAACAUGGCAGAGUUACAGAUUGUUCUUGAAGAGAAAAUUAUGAUUAGGCGUUUAAAGAAAGAUGUGCUAACAGAGUUGCCAGAUAAGAUACGUCAGAUGAUUCUACUAGACCCAAGCUCCAUUAAGAUCACUAAAGAUCUGAAGACCGCUUCCAGUACUAUGGCUAGUGGAAACCUAAAGAAAAUGGAGGAAAGAGGGGCAUUGUUAGAUUUCUUCCAUAAAUCCGGUACAGCUAAGAUGAAGGCAAUAAAGUCAUAUGUUGAAGACUUAUUGGACAGUGAGAAAAAGUUCCUAAUUUUUGCACACCACGGUGAUGUACUGGACGGAAUAGAAGAAAGUGUUAAAUCUAAAAUUAAUUCAAACUAUAUUCGAAUAGAUGGGAAGACCAUCUCGGAGCAGAGGAAUUUCCUGUGUAAAAAGUUUCAGUUAAACGAGGAGACAAAAGUUGCUAUACUGUCUAUAACUGCAGCCAAUGCUGGGCUUAAUCUCUCAUCAGCCUGCCUUGUUGUCUUUGCUGAGCUCUUCUGGAAUCCAGGGAUAUUGGUUCAAGCUGAGGACAGGGCUCACAGGAUUGGUCAACAGGAUAUGGUAAAUGUCCAGUAUCUUGUUGCCAGGGGAACCUCAGAUGACCAUAUUUGGCCUAUGAUACAGAAGAAGUUAGAUGUUCUCGGUAAAGCAGGUCUCUCAAAGGACAACUUCUCCUCCGCAGAAACUACAAGACUUACGGAUCAAAGACAAGAGGAGAUAACUAAAUUCCUCGAAGAGUCAUUUUGUGAUGAUGAACUUACUUCCCUUGUUGAAUGUGAUGAAGAACUUGAUAGUGAAAAGACACCAAAGAAAGUAUUAAAACAGUCCAGUAUUUUGAAGUAUACAUCACCUGCUAAAGAUAUAGAAACAUUUCAUGCACUGUGUACCCCACCAAAAGACAAUAAACCAUCAGGCCUGUUCAAAUAUUUCUCACCACAGAAAAAUAUGAAGACCAGUGACAGAAGUAAUGACUGUAUGUUAAAGUCUGAAGGUCAAAGUUCAAAGCAAGGUGAAGGUCAAGAUGAUGAUGACCUUGAGAAGUUUAUGAUGGACAGUGAUGAAGAGUGGGUGGGGGAUGAUGAGGAACCUGUUGUAAAGAAGAGAAGAACCUGACAUUAUAGAAAAUGUGUUGUGAUAGAAGUUUGAUGUCUUUCAUAGUGCUAUAUGCAUCUACUAUGUGUUCAUUAUUUAACUUGCUAAUAUCGUGCUAUAUAAUUAUAAUAUUGUAUUGUGUUCAUUAUUUUACUUUCAAAUAUUGUUCUUUAUAUAUUGUAUUAAGAAUCAUGAGUAUUAUGGGGUUACCUGUUUGAAAAUAAACUGGCCUCAUAGAUUGUUCA